CGCGCAGGCGCAGUUCGGCAGGGCGGGGCGCUCGCGCAGGCGCGGCAGCGCCGCCGCCUUCCGCCUUCAGCCGGGCCGCAUGAGGGCUCAGAGUGGUCCGGCUGUGUCGCGCCGGAGGGGACUGGGCUUCUGGCCCUGUAACACCUUCAACCUGUGGCAAACUCCACCUUAGACCUGACCUUCGGUUCUGCACCUUAAAACCGCCGUCAGGAUUUAAAUGUAGUCUGUCCUGGUGUUUAGCACUGUUGAAAACAGUUCCUGCAGGAGCAGGAGGGCAGGAGGAUGGAUUCCCUGGAUCACAUGCUCACAGACCCCCUGGAGCUGGAGGGCAAUUGCACACGGAUCAUGGAGGACUGCAUGCUGGGCACCGCCCGGGUCAGUCUGCCCGAGGACCUCCUGGAGGAUCCUGAGAUCUUCUUUGAGGUUGUCAGUUUGUCAACAUGGCAGGAGGUCCUGACAGAUGAGCAGCAAGAGCACCUAAAAAAAUUUCUGCCUCACUUCCCUGAGAACAACCGAGAGCAUCAGAACAAGCUCAUCUCAGCGCUGUUCAGUGGGGAGAACUUUCGGUUUGGGAACCCGCUGCACAUCGCCCAGAAACUCUUCCGGGAUGGAUACUUCAAUCCAGAGGUGGUGAAGUACCGGCAGCUCUGUUACAAGUCGCAGUACAAGCGCUACCUGAGUGCCCAGCAGCAGUACUUCUACAGGCUGCUCAAGCAGAUCCUCGCUUCCCGCAAUCAUUUGCUGGAAUUAGCCAGGAAAGGAGGCCCUGACAUGACCCUAAGGAGAAAGCACUUCCCACCAACAUACGACUCGGAAGAACGAGACAGACGGACACAUCGGCGCUACUUGAAGAUCCUUAGGGAAGUGAAAGAGGAGUGUGGAGACACUGCCUUGUCUUCUGAUGAAGAAGAUCUAAUCUCUUGGCCUCCAAGUUCUCCAGCACGUUGUUCAAGUCCACCAGUUCCCCUGAGAGUGAUCCCCACGUUGUCAACCUUGGACAUGAAAACUGCAGACAAGAUAGAACUUGGGGAAAGUGAUUUAAAGAUGAUGUUGAAGAAGCACCAUGAGAAACGAAAACGUCAGCCGGAUCACCCUGAUCUAGUCACGACAGACCUGACCCUUGAGGACAUCAUGACUCGAGUGAAUGCUGGCAGGAAGGGUUCCUUAGCAACCUUAUUUGACCUCGCAACCCUCAAGAAAAAGGUGAAGGACAAGGAAGAUAAGAAAAAAAAGAAGCCAAAGAUUAUUAAAUCUGAGGUGGAAGAUUUGGCUGACUCUCUUGGCAAUGCAGAUGGACUCCCAUCAAUGUCUCAGGAUUUUUCCCCCCUCCCUCUGUCAUCUGUCAAAGAGGAACCUCUUGAAGAUAUGAAGCCAUGCCUUGAAAUAAAUGAAAUAUCAUCCAGCUUCUUUUUCCUUCUUUUGGAGAUACUGUUUCUGGAAGGACCUGCUAUUCUGUCUGUGCUUGAAGAUAAAGUUCUUGAUUGGCAAUCUUCUCAUGCCAGUGCACUAAAUAACUGGUUCUCCUUUGCCCCUAAUUGGUCUGAAUUGGUUUUACCUGCCUUGCAAUAUUUGGCAGGCGAUAGCAGAGAUGCUCCUUCCAGCUUCUCACCUUUUGUUGAAUUCAAGGAGAAAACUCAGCAGUGGAAAUUGCUUGGUAGUUACCAAGAUCAUGAGAAGGAACUGGCAGCACUGUUUCAUCUCUGGUUGGAGACCAAAGACCAGACGUUUUUCAAAGAAAAUGAAGACAGCUCGGAUGCCAUGCCACUGCCCAGAGUAAGGACUGACUAUGUAGUCCGGCCUAGCACUGGAGAGGAGAAACGCGUGUUUCAAGAGCAAGAGCGUUACCGUUACAGCCAGCCCCACAAAGCCUUCACCUUCCGGAUGCAUGGCUUCGAGUCGGUUGUUGGUCCUGUGAAGGGGGUGUUUGACAAGGAAACCUCCUUAAACAAAGCCCGGGAACAUUCUCUCCUGCGCUCAGACAGACCAGCAUAUGUCACCAUUUUAUCCCUUGUUCGUGAUGCUGCUGCUCGCCUUCCUAAUGGAGAGGGAACUCGAGCUGAAAUUUGUGAGCUGCUCAAAGAUUCCCAGUUCCUAGCUCCAGAUGUCACAAGUGCUCAGGUUAACACUGUUGUUAGUGGUGCUCUGGACCGAUUGCAUUAUGAGAAAGAUCCCUGUGUGAAAUACGAUAUUGGGCGGAAGUUGUGGAUCUACCUGCACCGGGACAGGAGCGAGGAAGAGUUCGAACGGAUCCAUCAUGCUCAAGCUGCUGCAGCAAAGGCCAAGAAAGCUCUUCAGAAGCCAAAACCUCCAGCUAAAAUGAAGUCAAGUAGUAAGGAGGGUACUGUGAAAGCCCUCCCCACCAGCACAGCAGAUCCUAGUCAGCUGAGCCUCAGUGACUCCAGCAUGCCACCAACUCCUGUGACUCCUGUGACACCAACUGCCCCUGCAUUGCCAGCAACACCCAUCUCACCCCCACCGGUGUCUGCGGUCAGCAAGAACGUGCCUGGUGCUGGGUCAGAGCCAGCAAAACCCAGCCAGAGUGUUCUCUUGGUGUCUUCUCCCACCAUGCCCCAGCUAGGGACGUUGCUGUCCCCAGCUCAGAGCUCACAGGCGCAGCCAGGGCCAGCGCCCACCCCGCGUGUGGUCAGUCACAGCAGCUCCUCAGGCCUGCCACAGGUCCGUGUGGUCACUGCCCAAUCCAGCCUCCCAACUAUGUCCCAGCAAGCCCCAGUGGUCACCCAGCAGCAGCAGCAGCAGCCCACGUCAGUGCCUCAAAUCCGUGUUCCAGCUACAGCCACACAAAGCAAAGUGCUCCCUCAGGCUGUGAUGACUCUGCCUGUAAAAGCUCAAAGUAGCACUGUGCAGGUGCCGAGAGCAGGAAGCUCCAUGGCCAGCCAGGCAGGUAUCACUGUGACAGGGCUGCCUGCAGUGCCCAGCCCUGCUGUGAAGCCAGUGACCAGCUCUCCAGGCAGUUCUGCUGCCACCACCUCCUCCACCACUAUCAUUCAGAACGUGGCUGGCCAGAACAUCAUCAAGCAGGUGGCUAUUACAGGACAACUUGGCGUGAAGACCCAGGCUGGAAGUGGCAUUCCACUCACAGCGACCAAUUUUCGGAUCCAAGGGAAGGAUGUGUUGCGCCUGCCCCCGUCCUCCAUCACCACGGACGCAAAGGGACAAACAGUGCUGCGCAUCACUCCAGAUAUGAUGGCCACCCUGGCCAAGUCUCAAGUCACUACUGUCAAACUGACUCAGGACCUCUUCACAGCAGCUGCAGGAAGCGGUGCUGGUGGGAAAGGCAUCUCUGCGACUUUGCACGUGACAUCCAACCCUGUCCAGACUGCUGAGUCUCCAGCCAAGACAAGCACGGUGUCUCCUGCCUCUUCCAGCCCAGCCGGAGGCACUGUGGUUAAAGUGACUCCUGACUUAAAGACUGCAGAGCCGACAAGUUCUGCUUUCCGCCUGAUGCCUGCCCUGGGCAUGACUGUGGCAGAUCAGAAGAGCAAAGCCAUAACCACGGUGGCAUCCACAGAGGCCAAGCCAGCUGCCACUAUCAGAAUUGUGCAGGGGCUGGGGGUGAUACCCCCCAAAGCUGGGCAGACCAUAACUGUAGCCACUCAUGCUAAGCAGGUGCCGUCGUCCUCGGCAGUGAGCGUUGCUGGCACAGGCCACACCUCCUUACCCACCAUGAGUGCCACAGUGUCCAAAGCAGUUGCUGUGGCCUCAGGAGCUGCGGGAACCCCCAUAACCAUUGGUGCAGGAGCCACAGCUGUGCGGCAGGUGCCCGUCAGCACCACAGUGGUAUCUACGUCCCAGGCAGGCAAACUUCCAGCACGGAUCACGGUACCCCUGUCAGUGAUCAGCCAGCCAGUGAAGGGCAAGAGCGUGGUCACUGCCCCCAUCAUCAAGGGCAACCUCGGCGCCAACAUCGGUGGAUUAGGCAGAAAUAUCAUUCUGACUACAAUGCCAGCAGGGACUAAACUGAUUGCUGGGAACAAGCCUGUGAGUUUUCUGACUGCACAGCAACUACAGCAGCUGCAGCAGCAAGGCCAAGCCACACAGGUGCGAAUUCAAACAGUUCCAGCCUCCCAUCUCCAGCAGGGAACAGUCUCUGGCUCAACUAAAGCAGUGUCCACUGUGGUUGUGACAACAGCUCCAUCUCCAAAGCAGACUCAGGAUCAGCUGUGACCACUUGGUUUUAGCAUGGAUCACUUUCUAAGAACUUCCCUGAGCCUGUUGUCAUCCUCCAUCCAACCAAACACUUGAGGCUGCCUAAUCCCAGCCAUGGCUUGGAAUUGGACUGGGUUCUGCCCUUGCUUCUCCAGCGUCAGUGCUGCCAUGUCUGGGUAGAAAUUCCACAGAGAAAACCAUGCUGUACCUGCAAAAAAAAUGUUUCAAUCCAGAUCUGAAAAUCCAGGUUCUGUGGAAUUGAUGAUUUAAGAAAUGUCUUGCUGUUUUUUGUUCUUUUUUUCAUCCAAAGGACUUUUGGUAAAUACAGUUCCUGUGCAUUUUCGGUUGUAGACAAAGCAGUUAUCCUGGAUCUUCAUUAAGCAGGGAAGGUUGCUUGGAAGGGGUUAUUCAGUGGCUUUUCAAAGUCAUGGAGAAGAUGUCUGUCUUUACUAGAGUCUGGCUGUCACUACUGUUAAUCUAGUGACUCAGGAUGGUGUCUUUGACCCUGGAGUUAUUGUAACUCACAUCCAUGUCAGGUUACUGUCAAAGACAGGGUGAGAGUCAAAGUGGUUUUUUUGCUGUAACAGAGUGAGUGACCAUGGGGGAGAGGGAGAUGAGAUACAGAAAGUCACUGUGUGAACAAGUCUGUCAGCAAAUGGGACUGUAGUGGAAAGGAAAAAGUUGAUGUUCACAAAAACGAUCCUCUUUUAGUUUUCUUCAACGUAGAAACCUUUUUAUCAGUGGAAACAAACUGUACCUUGGUUUAAAAGGUUGGAAUAUGUUUUCAAAUACACCCAAACUGUUGUCCCUUGGGUUCUGAAGAAAUACUUUAACCUGUGACCCUGGCCAUUAGUUUUGGUUUUACUUUUGUAGUUUUAUCUGUCUAUGUAAAUAUUUUUGAAUUUUGCACAUACUGGAGAUGAAUUUGUGACUGUUCUGACAUGACCUUGAAGCUAAAUGACAUCAAAAGAUGUGCUGGACCAGGAGAAGAAUAAAAGUCUAGAAAGCCUUACAGAUCUCUGCCAUAUCCUUUUGGUUCUCUGCAGCGUGUUUUGUGUAUAGUCAUUGUCCAGCUUGCCAGGGGCUAAUAACCUGUCCAUCUUCUUGAUAAGAUGGUUCUUUUUCACCUGGUCUUUUUUGUAGGCUUUUUUUUUUUUUUUUUAAGAUGUGAUUUGCUCCAAGUUAUGUAUUAUAGAAUAUAAUACAUUUAAAGUACCGAUUUGUACAGUUCAGGUCUGUUGUGGUUGGAGCUCUCUGUAUGUUACUGUUUUGCUGGGCUUCAGGCUGGGGUUGUGGAUCUUUCUGUACUGUAUAUCUAACCCACUUCCCACUUUGAAGGAAAACAGGUAUUUCAAUAAGAAAAGAAGUGACUGGAUAUAAAUACUGAGUUAGCAGGACACAUCAGCAUUUGAAAGCAAGUGCUUGAAUUAUGGUUUAUACACUUCACAAUUUGGAGUGAUAAAGGUUUUCUAUCCUGCUUUGCCAUGUUUGGUACAUGUUUUGCACAUUUAUCAAUCAGGAACCAGCAGAAAGACUGUGGUGUGGGAGGGAGGUGAGGACAUUGCAAAGUCCUUUUAGUUGGGAAGUUAAAAGACUAAGCAGGCAACAAGCAAUUUCCUGCUAUUGCUUAUGUGAAAGAGCCUUUAAAUUCAAAACAUAAUCAAGAUAAUCCUGAUAUGUUCUGUUCAUAAUAAAUUAUUAAUUAACCUACAAUUAAGAGCUGAAA